UCAGCCAGCGGCGGGAAAAUGGAAAAUGUCUGUAUCCUGUAGUCAUUCCAAACGUCGGGCAGACUGAAUUACAGUAAUGUUUCAUUGUUUUCUUACAAGUUAUGCUGUGGCCCGGAAAGUCGAAACAACGGACUCGAAAAACGGCGUGGAGAAUCUGUGUGCCGAAUCAGAUUCCCCGAGACCCUGGCUGUGCAGCGCGCAGGACCGGAGCGGCAUGAUGAAGGCGGAGCUCCAGUUAGUCCGCGCUGCAGUGAUUGGCUACAUUGACGUGGGUAACUGCGGCUCUGCCUUCAUUCAGAUAGACGUGGGCCGUUCCUCCUGGCCUGUGGACCAUCCAUAUGUCACGCUGCUACCCACGGCGACACUGAUGAGCCCUGGAGAUUCUAGGCAGGGCACUGGGAGGACAGGGGUGCGGAUGUUCAAGAAAGAUGACUUCCUCUCUGCCGGGAGGGAGGCACCUUGGGACAGAGUGCGUGUGACCUGUCACCAGCCCUUCAAUAGGCAUGCCCAGUUCGGUUUGUCUUUUCUGCACAUCCGCACCUGCCUGGUAGACACAGAGCCCACAGACAACGUGGAAUCGAAAACCCCAGAGCAGGUGACGUCAAAAGUGAGAGAGUGGCUGUCCAGCCCAGCAGUGCAAAGGACCUUCUUUGGACGGACAACAGGGGAGGCUGUUUCAGAAAAGGGGGCCCGGAAACCCGGGGCAGGGCUGAGCCGCAUGGCCCGCAUGGUCGUCACGGCGACCGCAUCCUCCAAACACCUGCUCCCCAAGCCGCAGGCCCAUCCGCAGAGCCAGACCAGCGAUGUGGACCAGUCCAGCUGCGGGGAUAAUGUGCCCAAGACCAGUGAGAAACAGACCAGGAGACACUUGGAAAGGAAGUCAGUUACUAAAAAAAGGCCCGCUCACACCCACGCCCCUCCCUCCACGAAGAAGGGCAGGGCAGCGGCCCGCACGGGAUCCGUCCCAGCAGGCUCCAGUGCCAGCGGAACCCCCGCCUGUUCACAGACUGAAUGUGGAGAAGGCGAGGCUCCGGAGACAACCUGCCCUUUAUGUGGAGGGUAUUUCACCAGUGAGUACCUGCCCAUGCAUGCCUCCUCGUGCCAGGGAGAGGAGGAGUGGCCAUUGACCCAGGGUACCAUGGCAACAAGCACCACCCCUCCCCCCAGCCCCUCCUUCAGUCCCCAAGUCGACCUGGUGCCCUGCCCACUGUGCUCCUUCCGGUUUCCCCCGGGCCAGAUCCAGCAGCACGCCAGCAGCUGCGGCGACCCGGACCAGCCCCAGUGGGAGUGGCUGGACCUGCUGCUCCCUGUUUGCAAGAUGAACAUGCAGAAUCUGACGGCGGAGCAAUGGCGGGAGAUCAUGAACAGGAAGAUGCAUUUCCCUCCCGAGCUGAUCGGUGCCAUCCAGGAGGGGAACACGGUGAUGGUGUCGGACCUGCUGAAGAUCGGCGACGGCAUCAUCCGGCAGCUGGACGACUCCGAGGACCGGCAGUGGCGGGAGGCCCUGAAUCUGGCUAUCCGGCUGGGCAGGGAAGACACCUUAGAUGCCCUGCUGCAGGGAGUCAAGUUCGACUUCCGGCAGAUCCACGAGGCGCUGCUGGUGGCGGUGGACACCAACCAGCCGCAGGUGGUCAAGAAGCUCCUGGACCGGCUGGAUCAGGAGAAGGGGGUGGGCAACAACAAAGUGGACGUGCGCUCCUUCUCGCUGGCCAUCUUCGACCACUCCAUCGACGACUCGCAGUUCGCACCCGGGGUGACGCCGCUGACACUGGCCUGCCAGAAGGACCUCUACGACAUCGUCACCAUGCUGACGCGCAAGGGCCACGUCAUCCCACGGCCGCACAGCAUCUCCUGCGCCUGCCUGGAGUGCCGCAACGGCCGGCAGUACGAUCUGCUGAAGUUCUCGCUGUCGCGCAUAAACACGUACCGCGGCAUCGCCAGCCGAGCCUACCUCUCCAUCACCUCCGAGGACGCCAUGCUCAGCGCGUUCCGCCUCAGCAGGGACCUGCGCAGGCUCUCCAAGAAGGAGCCCGAGUUCAAGCCGCAGUACCUGAGUCUGGAGGAGCUGUGCCAGGAGUUUGCUGUGGAGCUCCUGGGAAUGUGCCGCAACCAGAGUGAGGUCACCACCAUCCUCAACGACUGCGACGACGACAGCGAGGACGAGGACGGCCUGGAUGGCCGGGCUUUCGAGGAGGGCAUCCCCAAUCUGGCCCGCCUCCGCCUGGCUGUCAACUACAACCAGAAACAGUUUGUGGCACAUCCCAUCUGCCAGCAGGUGCUCUCCUCCAUCUGGUGUGGCAGCCUCUCAGGCUGGAAAGGCAGCAAGACGGCCUGGAAGCUUUUUGUGUCCGUCGCCAUCUUCAUCACCAUGCCGUUCCUCUGCCUCAUCUACUGGUUCGCCCCAAAGUCCAAGAUCGGCAAGACGCUGAAAAUCCCCGUGAUCAAGUUCCUGCUCCACUCCGCUUCCUACCUCUGGUUCCUCAUCACGCUGCUGUGCGAGUCCAUCGCCAUGGAGAUGUUUCGGACCGAGUUCGCCUCACGCCACCAGAACAUGCUGCACAACUCCCUGCACAUGGUGUGGGUGGUGGGCUUCUUCUGGUUUGAGUGUAAGGAGGUGUGGAUUGAGGGCUUGCGCACUUACCUCCUGGACUGGUGGAACUGCCUGGACAUGAUGGUCCUCAGCAUGUAUCUGGCGUCCUUUGCCUUGCGCGUUGUCAUCGUGCUCAAGGGCUACUUCAUUUGCCAGGAACCCAACCGCCUGCAAGAGUGUGCCUACUUCACACAUUCUGGCCGUGAGGAGUGGAGACAGGAGGACCCACAGCUGGUCGCGGAGGUGCUGUUUGCUGUGACCAGCAUGCUGAGUUUCACACGCCUGGCUUACAUCCUGCCAGCCCAAGAAUCCCUGGGAACGAUGCAGAUCUCCAUCGGCAAAAUGAUCGACGACAUGAUGAGAUUCCUGUUCAUCUUGAUGAUCAUUGGGACAGCCUUCCUCUGUGGAAUCAAUAGCAUCUACGUGCCCUAUGUCAUCUCUCCACGCCUUGGACAGUUCAACGAGACCUUCCGCUUCCUCUUCUGGACAAUGUUUGGAGUGGUGAACCAGGAGUACGUGGACAUGCCGGACUUCGUGGUGGCCGAGUUCGUGGGUCGGGUGCUGUAUGGCAUCUUCACCCUGAUCAUUGUCAUUGUGCUGCUCAACAUGCUGAUCGCCAUGAUCACCAACUCCUUCCAGAAGAUUGAGGAUGAUGCGGACGUGGAGUGGAAGUUUGCCCGCUCCAAGCUCUACCUCAAUUACUUUCGAGAAGGUCUCACCAUGCCGGUCCCCUUCAACAUCAUCCCCUCUCCUAAGGCGACCUUCUAUCUGAUACGAGGAAUCUUCCGGAGGAUCUGCUGCUGCUGUGAUUUCAACACGACACCGGACUACCCCCCCAUCCCCUCCAUCGUGAGUACAGAUUAAGAUGCUUCAAACGGGAUGCCAAACGAGGGGGCAAGCCGGUUGCCCUACAGACAGCAAGUGAUCCGGGCCCUGGUGCAGCGCUACAUUGAGUCGGCGCGCCGGGAGUUUGCGGAGAGCAAGCGCAAAGAUGUGGGUAACCGGAUCACGGAACUGAACAAAGUCGUGUCCAGGCUACACUCAGAGAUGAAACAGAUCCACCAGGUGCUGAUGCACGGUAACUUCGGCGUGUCAGACAGCACCACCAGCGAGGGGUCCUCCAUGCUGGGCAAGUACAUCAUGGGGGCCAAGAACAACUUCCGGGGCUUCAGCAGUGUUGGCCCUCCCAAGCACACCCCCCUGCAGGUGACGGUGCAUGAGAUGGAGGAUGAAGAAGUGAAGAAGGAAGAGGUGGUGGAGGUGGAGGCAACAACGGUGGAGGUAGAGGACCAGACCUAUGCAAAGGGAGGUGAGGACCAGGCUUCUUCCCCAACUGGCAGCAAGCGCUCCUGGGAUACAGGCUUUGGUUCCCAGGAAGGGGAGUCGUCAAUUGAGGGAGGGGCAGAGACAUCUACUACAACCCCAUCUGAGAAUGGGGCAGACUUAAAUUAG